UAUUGGCUAGAAAAAAAUAAAAAACAAAAAUUGGAAGAGGACAAACCUAUAAAAAAAACAACUUGUUAAGGUUGGCUUGAGGGUUAGGGGAAUAGGGAAAGAGAAUAAAAUCAAGGGAAUUGGGACAAUUUGAGGUCAAUUUUGUCAUUUAAGCUGUUUGGAUAAGAAAUUGACCUUAAUUUGAAUUUGUAGUACUAUAAAAAAAAUAAAGAGCCGUCCGAUAUAAGGAGCCGACGCAAACAGAGUCUCUUUCCGAGCCGACUGAAAAAUGUGGCGCCACUACGUACCACAGUCAACAGAACUCUGCAAAGCUGUUCCACUCUUUGGUACUACACAUAACCCUUUAGAAAUUAGAACUCAGGACCUGUUUCACUAGACAGAAUCUCUCUCUCUCUUUCUCUCUCCUAUUCUUUCUCUCUCUACAAUCUCCCAUAAAACCCCCUUCAGUGAGUUCCUUAAAGACUGAAGCACCAUCUUAACUCACUCUCAAUUCUCGUUACCAACCUCUCAUUCUCUCACCCGUUCAACACUGACACUUCGAGACAGAAGAAACCCAAAAAUGCCAUCAGAUUCCGGCGAGCAACGACGACCCACGAAGGCCCACCUCGCGGGCGCGCCACCGCCGGAGCCGGAGCACCUUCCGUGCCCGCGCUGCGAGUCCACCAACACCAAGUUCUGCUACUACAACAACUACAACUUCUCUCAGCCCCGCCACUUCUGCAAGUCCUGCCGCCGCUACUGGACCCACGGCGGCACCCUCCGCGACAUCCCCGUCGGUGGCGGCAGCCGCAAGAGUGCCAAGCGCUCCCGCACCGCCGGCACCGCCUCCGCGACUUCGGCCUCCUCCACUCAAGACCACCACCACCAUCAUCACCACCACCACAUGGGUCCCGCCGCUUCGCCUGUUUUGUUCUCGGUCUCGGCCGCAGACGGCGGAGGGACGGUGGCGUUCGGCGGUGAUGCCAAGCCUGGUAUGAACUUGUCCGGGGGUUUCAGUUCUUUCUUGGGCACUCAAGGGCCUGGGUUCUUGGCAUUGGGUGGGUUUGGGCUUGGCGUUGGGCCUGGGUUUGAGGAAAUGGGCUUUGGGCUUGGAAGAGCGGUUUGGCCCUUUUCAGGGGAGGGUGUCGGUGGUGCAACCGUUGGCGGCGCCGGCGGCGGUGGCGGUGCAAAUGUGAUUGGAAACACGUGGCAGCUUGAGAGUGGGGAAGGUGGGUUUGUCGGUGCUGGGGACUGCUUUUCUUGGCCAGAUCUUGCUAUUUCCACACCCGGCAAUGGUCUGAAAUGAUGGGUUGUUUUUUUGUACUGCCACUUGUUUCUGCAGGGUUUAGACUGUUGAUUUAGCUAUGAAAUAUCAAAACUGAAAAGAAGUUUGUGAGUUUUUUUUAACUCAAUACUGUGUUAUUUUCAUUUUAUCUCGUGUGACGUGGCAUGAA